AAACACAAAACGUGGGAAAAUCCAAAAAUGUGUUCGAAAGCUUUAGGAUUGUUACCGCGACAAAGGCGUAUCUGUAAACAACAUUUAGAAAUCAUGUCUACUAUAGUUGGUGCCUCCUUGUUAUCAGUGGAAACGUGUCAAAAUCAGUUCUCAGAUCGGCGGUGGAAUUGUUCGUCCAUAUCUCAGGUUCCUUCCGUUCCCAGAGAUUUAUCUAGAGGUACAAGAGAACAAGCGUAUGUAUAUGGCAUCGCGUCGGCAGCUCUGACACAUUCAGUGGCCAGAGCUUGUAGUAUCGGCGUUACCAGGAAAUGCAGCUGUGGUGCUCUGCCAAACACUGCUCCAACUGGAGCCUUUAAAUGGGGAGGCUGUGGUGAUGACCUCCAUUUUGGAAUGGCUCUGGGCAGAGCAUUUACUGACGCUUCUUUAAAAUCUAAAAAAGGGAAAUCCAAAUCAUCGAAAAAAGCCAUGAUGAAUCGACAUAAUUUUGCAGCGGGUAGAAAAAUAGUAGAGAGUAGUUUAACGACGGCUUGUAAAUGUCACGGUGUGUCCGGAUCGUGUUCAAUAAAAACAUGCUGGAAAUCACUGCCUGAUUUCGACUCUAUUGGGGCUACCUUAAAAAAUCGUUACGCAUUAGCCGUGGAAGUGAAACGAAAACGAAAGAAAAAACAAAAAGUGUUAGUUCCUAUUAUGAAGAAUAAAAAAACAAUUAGAAGUGAUGAACUUAUUUAUUAUACUAAAUCUCCGGAUUAUUGUAGUCCGGACGCAAAAAGUGGUUCCAUAGGAACUCAUAAUAGGUUAUGCGACAAAACUAGUCGGGGUUCUGGCGGAUGUGACGUCAUGUGUUGUGGGCGUGGUUAUGACAGUUUCAAAAUGGAGGUUAUGGAGCGUUGUGAAUGUAAAUACUAUUGGUGUUGCUAUGUGAAAUGCAAAACGUGUGUGAAAACGCUCAAUCUCAGUAAAUGCAGAUAA